GAUCCGCCGCCCUCCCGCCAUGCCCUCCGCCAGCAAGUCGUGGCUGCUGCUGUGCGGCUUCGUGCUCUUCUACAUCAUCUACCUGCUGUUCGGCGCGCUGGUUUUCUCCAGCAUCGAGCGGCCGGCGGAGGACGAGCUGCGCCUGGACACGCAGCGGCUGAAGGAAGCCUUCCUGAACCAGAGCUGCGUCAGCGCCGCCACCCUGGAGCUGUUCCUCAGCAGAGUCCUGGCCGCCAACAAGCACGGCGUGUCCGUCCUCAAGAACUCCUCCGCCAGGUCCAACUGGGACCUGGCCUCCUCCAUGUUCUUCGCCAACACGCUGGUCACCACCGUGGGUUACGGCCACCCCGCGCCCCUCUCUGACGCCGGGAAAGCGUUCUCCAUCGUCUACGCGCUGAUAGGCGUUCCCUUCACCAUGCUGGUGCUGACCGCCUGCGUCCAGAGGAUCAUGCAGCCUCUGGUCCUGGCGCCGGUCGGCCUCCUGCGGCGCGCCGGCCUCGAGCCGCGGCCGGCCACCGUCGUCCACUUCCUGCUGCUCCUGCUGGCGGUGGUGCUGUGCUGCUUCCUGGCGCCGGCCGCCGCCUUCAGCGCGCUGGAGGCGUCCUGGACGUUCCUGGACAGCGUCUACUUCUGCUUCAUAUCGCUGUGCACCAUCGGGCUGGGGGACUUUGUCCCGGCGGCGCGGCCCGGCCAGCCGUACAGAGCGCUGUACCAGGUGGCCGUCAUGGUCUACCUGUUCAUUGGUCUGAUGAUGAUGUACCUCCUACUGCGGACCUUCCACAAGAUGGCCGACGUCCACGGCCUGACCACGUUCUUCCAGCUGCCGCGCUGCGAGGCGUCUCUGCUGGACGGCGACACGGAGCCGAUCAUCAGCAACGACCCGACUCUGCCUCGCCCGAAACACAAGGCCGCCACCAAACCUCUGGAUCCGGGAUCCCAACCGUCGUACAACUCCAUCAACAAAGGCUGAGGCGGCGGCGGGGGGAAAGGAUUUACCUCUGGAGAACUGCUGGGCUGAAUCUGAACUCUUGUUUUAAUUUCCUUCCAGAGGAAUUGACAUGAGCUUUAUGGUUCAGCCUGUUGGUGGAUUUGAAGUGUUAAAGCCAAAGUUGGAACAGAAACACUUGGUAAAAAGCACAGGAAGCUGUUUAUACGUCUUCAACACUGGUGUUGAUGUUUACAGUCUAAAUGGGCACAAGACUUGGGUCGGUCUGCAGCUUUUUAACUAACUCUGUUUGGUCCAUUUGUUCACGUUUUUGUCAAGUUUGGAUUUCUAAUACAGAACUAACGAGUAACGUUUUUAUUUUAGCAUCACGUACAUCCGGAUCCCUGGAACCGACGGCCGUCCGUUUGACCUUUGGACUAAAUGAAUGCCGGAUUGCUCAUCAUGUGACUGGAGCGUCAGAUCUUCAGUGCAACCAACAUGCUAUGAUGGUUGCUCUGUAGAUGGGGGUGGAAGGGAAUUUCUGCCAAAACCAAAUAUUACAUUUUGAGAUUAAUCUCCAAAUUUCUUUUAGAAAACUUGAACAUUUGAGUUUGAAGUCGAGCGUUCGUGAGAAAGAACUCAUUUUGGAAAUUUGAGCUGCUGAAGAUGAAAUUUUUCUGAGACCUCAAAAUUUGAGUUAUUCUAACAAAUUAUCAGUUUCAGCUCAGAAAUAUUUAAAUUCGACUUUUCAGAUUUAAAUGUCCGUUUUUUUUUCCAGAAAAUUUGAUAUCAAUCUCAAAAUUUGGGUUAUUUUUGCCAGAAAUUAAUUUUUUUUUUUUUUUUUACAAUGGUCCCAGUACAUGGUGGUAGAAAACAGAAGGGGGCGCUGUUACUGUUUGCGUCUUGUUGUAAUUCAUGUUCGUGGGAUUCAUUCAAAACUGUUGCAAAAGGUUUCAACACAGGGAAUGAAGAGGCUGAAGUCAUCCAUGGCUGGUUCGGUAUAAUUCAGUUUAAAUACUUGAAAUGCACUUUAAUAAGUGAAAUCAAUGCAGAUGUUGUGGUGCUGAAAUAAUGACUGUUUUGUAAUAAUUUAGCUUGUGCCUUAGUCAUAUUUAAAUAAAUGUGUUUUUCCUUAA